AUGCCAACUUAUCCCGGGAGGAUACCUUUAUUGGGGAAUUUAUCUGUGCUUACCAAUGAUCCAAUAGAAACGUGGGAACAAAUAAAAAAGGUGACAAAAUUCUGUUACGAUAACGGAAAUGUUGUUGUGUUCUAUGUAGGAAUGAUACCAAUAUAUGUCGUCACUGACCCCGAUGACUGCAACACAGUACUAAGUUCCUGCAUGCACAAGCCCGGGGUUUUGAAGAGUUGUGGAAAACGCUUUCUCGGGAACGGUCUACUUGUUGGCCCAGUGGCCGUGUGGAAGGACCACCGAAAACUCAUAAACCCGACAUUCAACCAACAAGUAUUAGAUGGUUUUAUAAGCAUCUUCAACGCCCAAAGCAGACGCCUGGUUGAUAGCUGGAAGAGUCGAGUUGAGAAAGGAGCCUUUGAUCAGUUACAUUGCUUAGAGAAGAAUACUUUGGAAACUAUUUGCUUGACAACCGCCGGUGUGGACAUCACUGAGCAGAGCGAUUUUAACGAUAAAUGCUUACAAGCGUUCCGGGCCGUUCUUAGCGUUAUAAUAAAGAGGGGUAAAAAUCCUCUCCUAUACUUCGACACUUUAUACGAUUUGACAAAUCUUAAGAAAAUUGAGGACUCCCAUGUGAAAAUUACGCGUGCAUUGGCUGACAAGGUUUUACAACAAAACAAUGAGAAUCGGAAUUCGGGCGCCGAUAUUGACGUUUAUAACAACAAUAAUAAUACAGAGAGUAAAUUUAAACCGUUUUUACAACGUCUCUUGGACUACAAAAGCACUCUCAGCGAUGAAGAUAUACAAGAUGAAAUGAACAACAUUAUUGUGACAGGAUUCGAAACCAGUUCAGCAGUUGUAACAUUUGCUUUACUUUUGUUGGGAACAUAUUCACACAUGCAAGAGAAGUGUCUAGACGAAAUCCGAGAAGUAUUUGGCGAUUCUGACAGAGAUGUAGAUAAAAGCGAUUUACCGCGAUUAAAAUAUCUAGAAGCAGUACUCAAGGAGACACUAAGAUUAUGCCCAGUUGCACCUAUUACGGCAAGGAUUAUAACACAUGAUCUUCAGCUAAAAAAUACUGUGCUUCGAAAAGGUCACAUUUGCGUGACUUCUUUAUAUGGAGCGAUGGUCAACCCUCAUAUCUGGGGGCCAGAUUUCGAUAAAUUUGUACCCGAAAGAUGGCUGAACCCCAAUCUCUUGCCAAAGAACCCGAAUGCGUUUGCAGCUUUCGGAUACGGUAGAAGAAAUUGCAUUGGUAAAGUAUACGCAGUCAUGACUAUGAAAGUGUCACUGGUACAUAUCCUUCGCACGUACCGAGUUCACGGAAACUACGACAAUAUGUUCUUCAAAAACCAGGCCAUCAACAAGCCUGGUUGCGGAUACGAAAUUAGCUUAGAACUAAGAUAA